AUGCCGUGGCUGGUGCUGGCUGUGGCUCUGGGGGCACUGGCCACUUUCUUCGCCUUCAUGGAUGGCUGGUACCUGUUGCGACUGCCCCUGCCGCUGCUGUACACCCGCUGGGCACUGCCCCCCAUCCGGCACCUGCUGGAGGAGCAGAGCUUCCCAAGUUGGGUCCUGCCGGGAGACUUGGACUGCCUGCUGCCCAUGAACAAUGCCCGGUACCCACAGGAGGCCGACCUGGCACGGGCUGUCCACCUGACCCGCAGUGGGCUCUUCUGCGCCGUCCUGGCCACCGCCUCCUGCCUCUCCCUCUGCUCCCUCUGCUGCCUCCACCUGCUUGAGCGCUUUGCCAUCCACACGCGGCUCCUGGGCUGGGACCGACAUGCCUUCCUCCUUGAGCAGCGCUUUGUUCACGCCCGCGACGGCUUCAUCUGCGCCAUCCUCCAUGUUUGGCAGUAUGUUGCUGGUGCAAGCUCCAUGGAACCUGUCGAGUGCCUCUACUGCAGGAAAGUGGAGUCUCCGGAUCUUCCAGAAGAGGUCCUACUCUGGUUGAAGUACAAUGAGGUCAGCACCCAAAGGUUGGGGGCAGAGAGUGAUUUCCAGGAAGAUAACAAAGAUGAGUAA